AUGGAAUCUGAUCUCUCUCUCAGAACUCAGAUCUCUCUCCCCGUUGAAUUUACUAAAAGGAUCAGAUGGAAUAUGACGCCUCAGCAUCAGAUAAAGGAGCAGCACAAUGCAUUGGUGAUGAAUAAGAAGAUCAUGUCCAUUCUUGCCGAGAGGGACACAGCUGUCAAGGAAAAAAACGAAGCGGUAGCAGCUAAGAAGGAAGCAUUAGCCGCUCGUGAUGAAGCACUUGAGCAGCGGGACAAAGCUCUCUCUGAAAGAGAUACUGCCAUCAUGGAGAGAGAAAGUGCUUUAAAUGCUCUUCAAUACCGUGAAAACAAUCGUGGUGGUUCCCAAACUGAAGAAGAAAGCCACUUACCAUCCCUUUCCCCUAUUACACCUGAAGCGGCCAACACGAGAACGACCAAAAGGAAGAAAGAGAGCAAGCAGGGAGCAAGAUCAAAGGCAAAGAAAGUGGGAGAGGAUCUGAACCGUCAAGCUGCGUCUCCGGGAAUGAAAAGCAGAAAAGAUUGGGACAGUAACGAUGUCGGUUUAAACCUAGUCACAUUCGAUGAGACGACAAUGCCAGUGCCCAUGUGCACUUGCACUGGGACUGCUCGUCAGUGUUACAAAUGGGGACAUGGCGGGUGGCAAUCAUCUUGCUGCACGACCACUUUGUCUCAGUAUCCACUCCUUCAGAUGCCAAACAAGCGGCAUUCUCGAAUAGGCGGUAGGAAAAUGAGCGGAGGUGUCUUCUCUAGGUUACUUAGCCGUUUAGCUGGCCAAGGGCACGAUCUUUCUUCUCUGGUUGAUCUCAAGGACUACUGGGCUAGGCACGGCACAAACCGCUACAUCACUAUCAAGUAGCCUAAA